AUGAAUGGGUAUUUAAAACCACAGCAAUUGGACUCCCUAGCGGUCAAACUAGCGUCCCAGCUACUAUCCAGUACCUCCAAGCCCGCCAAAUACAUCAAUUAUCAGAUAGAGUUGCUAGAAAUCGUAAGUUAUGAGACCAAACGGUUGGAUAAGUUGGGUUACUGUGACUUUGAAAUGGGUUAUUUGUGCUAUAUUUUGACACAAACCCUCUUGAAAGAGUGUAAGCAGCAUCCUACCAACGAUAUCAAGGACCUUAUUGGCAUUAUCGAAGCAACGUUGGCGAAAAAACAGGAGAAAUUCCAAAUUUGCCGUCAAUUCAUCACUGAAACUGACGAUAUAGACCCUUUGAUGAGUCGUUUUAAUAAUCUUAGUGCCGGGCCCACCGCCACCACCACCACAGGUAGUCAGGCCACUACAAAAGCUGAUGAAAUCACUACCACUGGUGUACUGGUGGACUCAUUCAAGCACAAAGGAGUCAUUACACCUACUGAAUUGCAUUUUCUUCUAUCUAACAAAGAUAAAAUCUUACUAAUAGACUUUAGGACCAAGAACGAGUUCAAUUAUAACCAUAUUAACUAUACAGACAUUGUAAAUAUCGACCCAGGGGUGGUGAACACCCUUUUGGGCCCCGAGAAUAAGACCAAUGCCGACAAUGUCACUGACCAAGACCUUGAAGAACGACUUCGAAUGUUAUUGGCGGAAGACCAGUACACCAGAUUCUCUAAUAGACAUAAAUAUGAACUUGUGGUGAUGUAUAACUUGAAAUACGGUACGGUGGGGGGCGAUAGGUUUGAAAAUUUGGCCAACAGUUUGAUUUCAGGAGAUGUUAAUGGUAAUCCAUCAAAGCAACCAUUUACUAAACUUAUAGAUAUCAUAACUUAUAGGAAUAAGUAUAUUAGUUCGAAGUUAAAACGAGCUCCGUGCUAUUUGGCUGGAGGUGUGGCCAAUUGGUUUAAGAUUUACGGAGAACUGUCGAUAGUUAAGACCAAUGAAACUCCGAUAUUAGCACGACCCCCGGCUUCAAUUUCAAGAGAUGGAAGUUCUUCUCCCAGUUCAAGUAGUUAUAGGUCCAGUAGUGUUAGUAAGGAUGUGUCGGUGAUAACCAAUGGAUCCCCCUACUUGAAGAAUUUUGGCGAUUAUCUUGGUACGGCUAAGACCACCAACACCACACCGGUAUCUAAUCCAUUCAGAGGUGAUUCUUAUGUUCCGAGUGCCCCUUUGAAGGUUCCUAAUUUGGGGGCCGUGCCUUCUACCGUACCAUCCACUAGCACGGCUUCCCAAUCCACUAGCAUGGCUUCCCAAUCCACUAGCAUGGCCUCCCAAUCCACGGGGACAAAGACUUCUACUUCCACUGGGACCAAACUCACCAGAACUUCACUGCUGGCCAAUGAUUAUAAUCCUGUUCAGUUCCUAGAACAGUACACCACGGGUUUGACUAACCUCGGGAACUCUUGUUACAUGAAUUGUAUCUUACAAUGUCUUGGAGCCACUCCUCAGCUUACAAAGUUCUUUUUCCCAACUUUCCCAUUAACCAAGAACUCCCCUUCGGUCCUGCAAUCAUACAGACAACAUAUCAAUGUCAACAAUAAGCUUGGGACUAAAGGUAUUCUUACCACCAACUUUGUCAACCUUUUGAUGAACAUGUUUGGUAACUCAGGAGGGAAUUUUUCUCCUUCCAACUUCAAGAAAGUCAUUGGAUCGUUAUCACCAGGCCAACAGUUUGCUAAUUUCGACCAACAGGAUUGUAUAGAGUUCUUAAACUUCUUGUUGGAUUCUUUACACGAAGAUUUGAAUCAAAUGGUGGUAGCAGAUGCUAAAGAGAAACAGGCUAUCAUGGAACUAACUCCCGAACAAGAAUACACCAGAGAGAUCUUACCCGUGAGACUAGCAUCCACCAUCGAAUGGGAGAGAUACUUAAAGUUGAAUUUCUCCAUAGUGGUAGAUUACUUCCAAGGUCAGUAUUUAUCUCAGUUGAAGUGCUUAGAAUGUGGCCUUACGUCCACCAGUUAUAAUGCUUUCUCCAUUUUAUCGUUACCUAUCCCUGAAAAGUUGAACCACAGACAAAUAACGUUGGACGAUUGUUUACAAGAAUUCGUGGAAUUGGAAUUAUUGGAUGAUGACAAUAAAUGGCAUUGUCCUCGUUGUAAGAAGUUCACCCGGUCUACCAAGAAGAUAACCAUCACCAGACUUCCUCAGGUAUUGAUAAUUCAUUUCAAACGGUUCCAGAUCUCCCCCAUGGGAUAUUUUAGUAAAUUAGACACUUUCAUCAAAUACCCCGUUAAUGAUACUUUGGACUUAACUAAGUAUUGGCCCGACGUCGGUACCUCAGUCAACCUGAAUUUGAAUUCCUCAGAAAUCAUGUCCAAGGAAAAAGAAACCCAAAUCCUUGCCACCUUACCUGCUCGUAAUCAAACACCCCCUUUCCGGUAUAAAUUAUACGGCGUAGCCAAUCAUUACGGGAACUUGACUACCGGCCAUUAUACUGCAUAUGUUCACAAACAGAGCGACACAAAGAAGAAACGAGAAUGGUGUUAUUUCGAUGACUCAAGAGUUACAUUCAACCACAAAGAGAAUGAUGUGUUGAACAAAAAUGCCUAUUGUUUAUUUUACCAACGUAUAUAA